AUGUGUUUAUCAUUGAGAAUCACACGCAACCUGAAAUUGCUUCACGCAAAAAUUCCAAUUUGUAGCAACACGCAGAGAACUCGCAAAAUGUCGUCCCUCCUACCUGGCAGUAACACAUUCAACCCAGACAAGGACAUACCUGACUUGUCUGGCAAGCACUACAUCGUGACCGGAGGUUCUGCUGGAAUAGGCUUUGGUAUUGCUGCACAUUUACUCCAGCACAAGGCAGACAACGUCACCAUCUUGUCGAACAAGGAAGAGCAUGCCCAAUCGGCGCUUGAAGAGCUGAAGGAGUACGGAGAUGCUUCCAAGGCUCACUGGGUCAAGUGUGAUUUUGAGGAUCUCAAGUUUACGGAGAAGGUCGCCAAUGAAUUGGCCAGCUCGCAGGAUAAGCUCCAUGGACUCGUUCUCAACGCAGGUCUUGGCGUUGGAGUAUACAACGAGACAAAAGACAAGAUCGACUCCCACUUCCAAGUCAACAUCCUAUCACAGUUCCUCCUCCUGAAGAAGCUCCUUCCUCGCCUGCAAAAGACGCCGGGCGCCCGCCUGGUCCUCGAAUCCUCCGAUCUCCACAAGGCCGCCGACGGCGGUGCUCAGUUCAAGGACGAAGCCGAGAUCAAUACCGACAUCGGCCCGACCCAGCUGUACAACCGAAGCAAGCUCGCCCUGAUCCUGCUCGCUCGGGCACUCCAGCGCAGGAAAGAAGCCGGCGAGCUGGGCUUCCAGCCGGGCCAGGAUGUCUUCAUCAACGCCGUGCAUCCCGGCGCCGUCGCAACGGAUCAGCAGCUCCAGGCCGAGGAGGCCUACGGUACCCUCGGCGUGGUUGGCCAUGCCAUCGUCAGGCCGUUCCUGAAGGAUCCCGUCUCGCAGGGAUGUCGCCCUGCUUUGUACGCGACGACGAGCAAGGAGAUUGAGGAGCAGGGUAUCAGUGGGCAGUACAUCGUGCCGGACAAGAAGGUGACGAGCCCCAGCAGUAAGGCACAGGAUGAUGAGCUUGGUGAGAGGUUGUGGAACCUCAUGGAGCAGAUGUUGAAGGAUAGGCUGGGUUGA